AUGUUGCAGAAACUGAAGCAUAAACAUAUCACCGAGCUAAUCGAAAUAUGUAGUAGCAGGGCAUCAUCACACAAUCGUGAGCGUAGCACUUUCUAUCUGGUAUUUUCGUUCUGUGAACACGAUCUUGCGGGCCUUCUCUCCAACACCAGUGUUCGACUGUCGUUGGUACACAUCAAAACACUAAUGAAACAUCUGCUCGAGGGCCUUUAUCAAAUACAUUUUGCCAAAAUCCUCCAUCGUGAUAUGAAGGCCGCAAACGUAUUAAUCACGAAAGAUGGCAUACUGAAAUUAGCGGAUUUCGGCCUUGCUCGACCACUGUUUUCAAAGUUACCUGGCCAACCGGAGCAUUGCUACACAAAUCGUGUGGUUACACUUUGGUACCGACCUCCGGAACUGCUGCUGGGUGAACGACAUUAUGGGCCACCGAUUGAUAUGUGGGGUGCUGGUUGCAUUAUGGCCGAGUUAUGGACGCGAACACCUAUUUUGCAGGAUCGUAAUGCGCUAAAUUUAAUUGAUAGCCUACUCGUUUUGGACCCGUCAUCGCGCCUUAGCGCCGAACAAGCUCUCGACCACACGUUCUUCUUCACUCAACCGCACCCUGCUCCAGACGUCAAAGAUCUAAUGAGCACUAUUACGGUGAGUCGAUUUAUUUAA